CCCGCUUGGCAGCUCUCCCGGCAUGCCCCGGGGCAGCCCCACUCCCAGCAUGCCAUGGGGCACGGCCAAGGGGGACCUUCCCAGCAUGCCAUGGGGCACAGCGAAGAAGCGCCCUCCCAGCAUGCCCUGGGGCACGGCCAGGAGCCGCCCUCCCAGCAUGCCAUGGGGCACAGCGAAGAGGCGCUCUCCCAGCAUGCCAUGGGGCACGGCCAGGGGCCGCCCUCCCAGCAUGCCAUGGGGCACAGCAAAGAGGCGCUCUCCCAGCAUGCCCUGGGGCAUGGCCAGGAGCCACUCUCCCAGCAUGCCAUGGGGCACAGCAAAGAGGCGCUCUCCCAGCAUGCCAUGGGGCACGGCCAGGGGCCGCCCUCCCAGCAUGCCAUGGGGCACAGCAAAGAGGCGCUCUCCCAGCAUGCCCUGGGGCAUGGCCAGGAGCCACUCUCCCAGCAUGCAGCGGGAGCGCGCCGGGUGCUGUUCGCUGAUGCCCUGGGCUUGCCCUUGACCCGCCUGCGACGCUACCGGCCCUGGCCACCUCCCUCUCCCGAAUCGCCCCCCGAGAUAGUGCCCCCCAUCGGCCAGCUGCCCCCCAUGCCCUACCUCCUGCCCGCCUUCGUGCUGCCCCCGGCGGGGCAGGGCGAGCCGGAGCGGCUGGCGAGGCUGCGCCAGGCCAUGGUGGAGCUGGAGGAGGUGCUGGCGCCGGGGCCGGGUGAGCCGUGGCUGCUACGGGGCACCGUGCGGGUACUGAACGUGGCCUACCGCAAAGCCGUCCAUGUGCGGGCCACCCGGGACCGCUGGCGCACCUACUGCGACCACCCUGCCCACUAUGUGCCAGGGGGCUCGCCCGACGGGGGGCUGAGCGACCGCUUCACCUUCUGCCUGCCCUUCGGCCCGGGCCAGCUGGAGGAGCAGGGCGAGGAGGAGGAGGAGGCCGACGCCCGCCUGGAUUUCGUGAUCCGGUACCAGACCGACGAGGGCGUCUACUGGGCCAAUAACCAGGGCAGGAACUACAGCGUGGUGAUGAAGGGCCUGGCGCCCCCCCGGGUGCCCCCCAGGACCGCCCGCCAGGACAGCACCGCGCCGCAACUGAAGAGUUGCAUGAGGCUGGAGAGGAUGAGGCUGUGCGAGGAGCCAAGCCAUGAAGACACACCUAAUCCUGCCCGCAAGGAAGCAGGGAGCCCUGAGAGGCAGACGCGAAGAGACUCGCCCUCAGCUUCCACGGGACAGGUCCCAGAGCUGCUGGUCGCCCCCAUGUCCCCGGAGACGGAGCCGCCUGCCAGGGAUCUCCCGGUGCCCUUGGCUGAGUCCCCGCAGCCGGCCGAGGCCCCAUGGGGUGGCCAUGGGCCCGAGACCAGCUCUCUGGGGCCGGGGGCCUCGUUCUCGGCGGCUGGCCUGGUAGAGCAGGCUGAGCUCUGGCGGGCGGAGGAGGAGGCCGUGGACUCGGAGCUGGAGCAGCUUUAUCUCUCCCACCUCAGCCGGCUGCGGGCGGAGGAGCUGGGGGGCGCCGGGGAGUGGCCGGGGGGCAUGGAGGCAUCUGGCUUCCCCCCGGCCUGGCUGCCCGCCCUGCGCCUGAGCGUGCUGAGCGACCGGGACCUGGUGGUCGGCUGGGCCGGGCCGGAGCGGGCUCUGAACAGCUCCCUGGCCCAGGAGAUCACCCUGCGCUAUGCCAGCCCGCCCGCCGGCCCGGGGCGCGACAGUCCCCCGGCGCUGCUGGAGGGGGGGGUCCGGGAAGCCGACCCGGGCGGGGCCCUGCGGCUGCUGGCGCCGGCCGCCAUGGUGGUGCCAGCACGAACAGCAGCCCCGGCACGGGGGGGAUGGGGAGAGCCCAGGGGCCUAGGGUCGGGCCCACAGCGGCCAGGUGAGCCCUGGGAAGAGGUGCCCAGCUGCCCCACGCGCCUGGGGCAGGCCCUGACCCGUUCCCUGCUGGUUCUCGGCCUCGUGGUCGUCUUGCCCGUGGUCCUCAGCGGCUGCCUGCCAGCCGCGGCCGUCACCCUGUACGUGGUUCUCAUGUGGCGCCAGCGGGACGUUUCGGUCCAGCCGCCGGAGGGGCUGGCGAUCGUCUGGCUGAUUCACCGUGUGGUGAGGUCCCACAGCACGUCGGAGCCACCCAGCUACACGCUCUGCCGCCGCGUGGCCCAGGAGGCCCCCUCCCCGCGCCGCACCUUCCGGCGGACGCUGAACGAGACGGUCGGAUCCCGGCCGCCUCCCGGCUCCUUUGCGGGGACCGGAGCCUGA